CAAAGCUUCAGUUUGGUUGGAUAGUGUGGUGCCGUAAACCGUGUUGGUCGCAGAACGCAUGGGACUGAGCUGCGAUAGCGUGUGUGUUUAUUUGAAAUAAUGGAGGCUAAAUCGAAGAAACCCUUUUCUCCUAAAGGUGGAAAGAAGUUUACACAGAAAGGAAAAGAUUCAAUGGGGACCAAACUUGGAGGAAAACCGGCUGGUAAGAAGCCCUUCAAAGCGUAUGACAACACAGGGGGCAAACCGUGGAAGGGUGGAAAUGGCGGAAACAAAGACUACAAACCUGCUUUCUCCAAAGCUGGGCCUGGUCCGCAGAAGAGAAAAAUGCCAUUUAAGGCGAAAGACGAAGGCGAAGGCCCAGAGGCCAAGAAGUUGAAGGAUGGCGAAGUUAAGCCAAACACAGAAGGGCUGACGGAGGAGGAGAUCAAGAAGAACAGGCAGCAGGCGAAGAGGGAUCUGAAGGACAGCAGGCAGCACGCGGAGAGGAAGGACAUGUUCGAUAUCAUCCGUCAGUGCAAACGCCUGUGGGGCGACCUCAGGAGGAAGAAUUGUGACAAAGAGCUGAAGACCAAACUGAUGGGGGAGCUUCACGAUCUGGUCCGCGGGAAGAUCAAGCAGGGAAUCGUCAGGAUCCCUCUGAAUAAGCACAAGUCUAUGCGUGAGGCCCUGAGAGAGAAGGGGAUUGAGCUGCCUUACCAUGAUCCGGCUCUCAAGUACCAGCCUGAUGAGUUUUCCACCUCUGCCAACAUGUACAUCAAUAACUACGCAGACACCACCUACUAUGGCGCCAUCAGUAUUGGAACACCCCCCCAGUCCUUCCAAGUGCUCUUUGACACCGGCUCUGCCAACCUGUGGGUGGACUCCAUCUACUGUAGCACUCAGGCCUGCAGUGAGUAUGAACCAACAGGCGGGACUAUGUCUCGACCACAGACGGAACAGGAAAAUGACAAACUGCAAAGCAGAAUGGAGCAACUGGGGCAACAUGCAGCAUGUACAGUGGAUCUUCAGAAAGUUCUGGAGACAUUGGAGGACCAGGAGUUGAAGGAGAACGUUGAAGUAAUGAGAAACCUGCAGGACAUUAUCUUGGAGCUCAAGAGUGAGAGUGAAGGCAUCACUGCCUCCAUUGAUGCUAUGGCUGCAGGAGACGGAGCUGAGCUGUCUGGGAAUGGCAGUAGCAAUGACGAUCCACAAAGUGUGGGGGUCGNCUCGUCCAUCAUCGAGUACGCCUACAACGACAAAGCCGUGUUAGCGCAGAGACUGAUGCUCACUGAGGAGCUGUACGGGAACACCUACACCGUCUGCAGGUCUGGAGUAUGUAACACCAUCGAGAAAGUGGCCGAGGCGAACCCGGACAAGCUGGCCAACAUCAUCGAGGAGAUGAAGCAGACCCUCACUCCCAUGGCCCAGAAAGAACAAGUCAUCAAACACUCUCUGGUCCACAAAGUCUUCCUGGACUACUUCCUGUUUGCACCCGAGAAACAGAGAACGGAGAUGAUCGAGUCCAUCAGAGAGUCAGUCGUCUACAUGGCUCACACACACGACGGAGCCCGAGUGGCCAUGAACUGUCUGUGGUUCGGGACGGCCAAGGACAGAAAAGUCAUCAUCAAAACUAUGAAGACCUACAUGGUGAAGUUUGCCACGGGAGAGUUCGGUCACCUGGUUCUUCUGGCCAUGUUCGACUGUGUGGACGACACCAAGCUGGUCAAACAGGCCGUGCUCUCUGAAGUCUUGUUGUCUCUGGAUGAGGUCAUCGGUAAUAAAUACGGUAAGAAGGUUCUGUUGUACCUGCUGACCCCCAGAGACCCCGCUCACCUGCUGCCGGAGAUCAUCAAGGUGCUGGCGCGAGGAGACGGGAACACACACAGUAAAAAGGACAUGGCGGUCCGGCGAAAGGAGCUGCUGGAGGUCGUCUCCCCCCCGCUGCUGGAGCAUCUCCGUACCAACGCCGACACCAUGGUGAUAGACAAGGCGUCCAGCGUCACCAUCAGUGACAUCCUGGCGUCGGCCUGCGGGGAUCUGCGGCCCGCCAUGACAGCCGUGGCUCAGCUGGCCAAUCAGGAGCUGGUUCCAGGGGGGAUAGACGGACAGCUUCACAUGGCCGAGCACCCAGCAGGACACCUGGUGCUGAAGUGGCUCCUGGAGCAGGACAUGACGCUGGCAGAGGCCGGCAAGGAAGAGCGCUUCAGCAGGAUUCUGGUGGACGCAGUGGGAACAGACAAACUGAAGAGCUGGGUCAAAGUCAACAGAGGAGCCAUGGUGCUCUGCAGCCUCCUGAACAGCUAUGAGAAGUCUGUGGCUGCGGAGGUGAAGGAGGCGCUGCAGUCCAUCAAAGGAGAGCUCAGCAGCCUUGCCAACAACAAAGGAGCUGAGAUCCUGCUGGAGAACCUCAACAAGUAGAGACUUUAUUCCAAACAGACUGGUGAUGUCAUCGUAUCAUUUCCUGUGCAGCAGAGAAACAAGCCUGCAGACGUUUGAAGCUGCGAAUGGGAAAGAUUUCAGGAGGUGUAUGCAACCUGGAUCUCUGUUAUGUCCGUCCCUGAUGGAAACAUGGACGUCAAUUUGUGUGGAAAUGUAUCUGUUGAUAAUGAAAUAAAAGAUGUUUGAGAAGGUGAUUGAACAACAGGUCAACAAAAUACAUCUAAUGUAAACACUCUUUUGCCAUAUUUUUCCCAAUGACUGUCAAUAAAACUCAGUUUCUUUCACAUAAAAGAUUCCCUUUGGGAUGCUGAAGGCUUUUUUUGCUGAUUAGUUGAGUUUUAUUGACAGUAGUCUAAAGGCAAAGGAGAUAUACAGUUAAUAGAAACUCAGAGCAGCAGACUGGUGGAAAUAACUUUAUUCUGUUUUUGUGCUGUUGGAUUGAGCUCCGACAUUUCAGCAGCCUCUGUUAAACAGGAAAGGUGUUCCUGUAGUUUAAAACUAACAGACCCAUAAACCAGGAAAAUAAAAACAAUCCGUCUGUAUUGCUUCAGUACUGUAGUCCUCUUUGAGAUUUCUAUUCUAAGAUUUUGUACCAUGUGUUUUAAUUUUAUCUGCUGAAAAGAAAGAAUUUGCAAAAUAAAGACUAUUGUAUUCACAUUUGAGUAUUUAAAUAUCACUCGCGUAAAAGCAGUAAGUAACCAUUUCUGAUAAGAAUAUUGAUACCUCUGUCAAAAGGUAACAUGCACAUUAUGUUUGUGAUGUGAGAACCACUUCCUGGAGUGUGCUUCAGCCUGGAAGUUAAUCUUUAUAAUCUCCUGGCUAUAGCUUCACAUUAAAAUGAAUAUCAUGGCAUUUUG